AUGUCGCUGAAUUAUGGACUUGAUGAAAUAAUACAAAUUAAAUGCUCCUACAUAAUAGAAAAAUAUAAAAAUAAGUUGAAAAAAUUAAAAGAGUACAAGCAUGCCUUAAAAGAAGAAUAUGAAAAAAAAAACAAGGCCCAUUACGUAAAUAGAUAUAUGUUUAACAAAGAAAAAGAACAAAUAUUUAAGGAUCUACAUAAAUAUAAGGAAAAAUAUGAACUUGAAACCUUAGAAAAAAUAAAAGAAAAGUACAACAACUAUUUCGCUGAUAUUUUUUUAUAUGAGCAAGAAUAUUAUCAAUGUAUAUAUAAAGUCUUCAAAAAUUUGCUACUAAAAAAGGAAGAAAUUGAUGAAAAAGAAAAACAAGUCAUCAAAUUAUAUGAAUAUGCACACAUGAUGCUCUCUGAUAAAAAUAUAUAUGUAGAAUUUGAAAAUUUUGCUAACACUAAUAAAAAAUCUUUUAGUUUGUAUGAUAUUAAAACAUAUGAAUAUAAAAAAAAUAUAGAUAAUAAUAUUCAUAAUGCUGAUAACUUAGAAAAUCUUUAUAGUAUCAAUGUAAAUGAAAUUUAUGAAAGUAUCCUUCUUGAUCAGAAUGAUGAUAAUUAUACUCACAUGCUUAACACUAAUAAGAGCUUUAAUAAAUUAAAAGGUGAAUAUGAUGAAAUAAAGCAUAUUCCCCAAAAUAAUAAUAAUAAUAAUAAUAAUAUUAUGUUUACCUCAAAUUUUGAUGAGUACAAUUAUUCUAUGAAUAAAAUUAAUCCUAUAUCAAUAAUAAGUCAGGUAAAAAUCAUGGAUCCUAUAAAUAAAGAAGAUAUGGUAAAUAAUAUUGAUAAAAAUGAUAAUACAAACAAAUCAGAUAUUGUUAUUAAAUAUGUGAAUCAAAAUGUUCAUCAGAAUGGAAUAGAUAUUGAACAAAAUAAUAUAUCUGAAAAAAGGGAAGCGUCAAAUGAUAAUGAAACAUACAUAAAAAAUAAAAAACCAAAAGAAAAUGAAAGUGAAGAAAUUAUUACGAAUUCAACGGAGGAUUUUGAUGUGCAAGAAAAUGUAGAAGAUGAAAAUAUGAAGAGUGAAAUUAAAAAUCAUAUAAGAAACAAUUUAAAAGACAACAAUUUUUUCAAAAAAGAUACUUCAUACGAAGAAAUAAAUAUAGAAAAAGGUGACGAAAAUAUAUUUCCUCAAAAUGAUGAUGAGAAGCUACAACAAAGUAAAUUUUUUAAAAAAAGUGUAAGUACUACAAAUGAGGUUUUAGGAAAUGAUAUUUAUAAUUCACAUAUAUUAAAUAAUAGUCAUGAUAUAAAUUCAAAUAUUAAAUAUGGAAAAAGUGAAAAUUAUAUAAAUACACUUGAUCUACAAAAAUUACAUAGAGAUAUUGUAAAUAAUCUAGAAGCAAAUAGGGAAGAUAAAUCUGAAACACACAAAAAAAUAGAAGAAUUAGAUGAUAUUAUUGAAAAUAAUAUAGAUUUUAAUGUAUCCAGUUAUUUCAGUGGAAACUUUGAUGAUAUUAUAAAUAAAGAAGAUUCAUUAGAAAAUGAAAAAAGUAAUAUAUUAAAUGAAAAUUCAUUAAUUAUAAAUAAUGAUCAAACUAUUGAAUAUGUAAAUAAUCAAAAUAUAAACUCGAAACCAUCUUCUAUUACAAAAAAAGAAAAUUUACACAUAUAUAAUAAUAAUGAUGAAGAAUAUCAAUAUAUCAAAAUGUAUAAUGAAAAUAAUAAUCAAAUUCAAUCAUCCUUAUUUCAAACAUUUAAUAAUUUUAAAAAUGAUUAUAAUAUACAAAUUGAAAGAAUGAAUACUUUUGAAAAUUAUGCACAAGAAAUAAAUAUACUAGAAAAUUAUGAACAUAUUAUGAAUUCACUAAACUUAGAUAAUACAUUAAUUCAAAAUAAAAAUAACAAAAGUGAUGAAAAUGCAAUGUUGAAUAUAAGUAAUAUACACGACAUCAUAAAUUACAUGAGCAACCAUAUAACAAAGAAUUAA